CGGUUGGCGGUGACGGCCGAUGGCUGAAGUGCCUCGAUUGUGCUCGGAAACCAGCGGCUAUUGCUAUUAGCUUUAGCUGCCUAGCCGCGAAAAAGCAAAUAUACGCUUCUUCCAGUGGCGCCGGAUUUAAACACACGCCUUCAAACACAAUUUCUCACACAAGCCCAUGGCAAUCAGAGGGGCGAUGGUCCAUGAACGCUCAUGGACACACAGAAAGCGGCUCGUCCAUCACCAGCAGCAACAGGCACUGGAGCCCAGAUAACACAGUGAAACCGAUAAACCAUGAUCCCCAUCACUGAACUGCGGUACUUUGUGGACACUCAGCCGGCCUACCGCAUCCUGAAACCAUGGUGGGACGUGUUCACGGACUAUAUCUCCAUCGUUAUGCUCAUGAUCUCGGUGUUCGGGGGGACUCUGCAGGUCACCCAAGACAAGAUGAUCUGCUUGCCCUGCAAGUGGGUGGUCGAUCAGACCUGCAAGAAGAACUUAAAUUCCACAUUAACUACACCUUUUUCAUGGGAGCCCAAAGGAAUCCAGUAUGAUUUGGACCGGCACCAGUACAACUAUGUAGACGCUGUGUGCUAUGAGACUAGAUUGCACUGGUUUGCCAAAUAUUUCCCAUACCUGGUGUUACUCCAUACCCUUAUUUUCCUAGCCUGUAGCAACUUUUGGUUCAAGUUUCCCCGCACUAGCUCCAAACUAGAGCAUUUUGUUUCCAUCUUACUGAAGUGCUUCGACUCACCGUGGACCACUAGGGCUCUGUCAGAAACGGUGGUGGAAGAAAGUGAUCCAAAACCAAUGAAAAUGAACGGCUCAAUGGAGCACAAGGAGUCUGUGAUCAGCGAAGACGUGGAAGCCAGUGUUCCUAUGCUCCAGAGGACAAAGACGCGCCUUGAGCAGGGCAUUGUCGAUCGAACAGAGACAGGGGUUUUGGAUAAGAAGGAAGGCGAACAGGCGAAAGCUCUCUUUGAAAAAGUCAAGAAGUUCCGAAUACACGUAGAAGAAGGAGACAUCGUAUACAGGCUGUACAUCCGUCAGACUAUUAUCAAGGUCAUCAAAUUCAUUUUGAUAAUUUGCUAUACAGGGUAUUAUGUGAAUGAUAUCAAGUUCAGCGUGGACUGCAAUGUUGAUAUAGAGAGUCUGACUGGUUACAGCGUGUAUCGCUGUGCUCAUCCAUUGGCUACACUUUUUAAAAUCUUGGCCUGUUUUUACAUUAGCUUAGUUGUAGUGUAUGGCUUCAUCUGCAUGUAUACACUGUGCUGGAUGCUGCGACGCUCUCUCAAGAAGUAUUCAUUUGAGUCAAUACGAGAAGAGAGCAGCUACAGUGACAUACCUGAUGUUAAGAACGACUUUGCAUUCAUGUUGCAUAUGAUAGAUCAGUAUGACCCACUGUACUCCAAACGCUUCGCCGUGUUCCUCUCAGAAGUGAGCGAAAACAAACUGAGGCAGCUCAACCUCAACAACGAGUGGACGCUGGACAAGCUCAGGCAGAGGAUAACCAAGAACUCUCAAGAGAAACUGGAGCUGCACCUUUUCAUGCUAAGUGGCAUUCCAGACACAGUAUUUGACCUAAUGGAGCUGGAGGUUCUCAAACUGGAGCUUAUACCAGAUGUGACUAUCCCGCCGAUAAUCGCUCAGCUCGUCAAUCUGAGAGAGAUGUGGCUUUACCACACCCCAGCCAAAAUUGAAGCUCCGGCGUUGGCUUUUUUGCGGGAGAAUUUGAAGUCACUGCACAUCAAAUUCACUGAUAUCAAAGAGAUUCCUUUAUGGAUUUACAGUUUGAAGAAUCUUAGUGAGCUUCAUCUAACCGGGAAUCUGAGCGCUGAGAACAACCGCUACAUUGUCAUCGAUGGACUGAGGGAGCUCAAAAGGCUCAAGGUUCUCCGUCUAAAGAGCAAUCUCACCAAGCUGCCUCAGGUGGUGACCGACGUAGGCAUGCACCUCCAGAAGCUGUCCGUCAAUAACGAAGGCACCAAGCUAAUGGUGCUCAACAGCCUGAAGAAAAUGGUCAAUCUGACUGAACUAGAGCUGAUCCGGUGCGAUCUCGAGCGCAUACCACACUCCAUCUUCAGCUUGCACAAUUUGCAGGAGAUCGAUUUGAAAGACAACAACCUGAAGACCAUAGAGGAGAUCAUCAGUUUCCAGCACCUGCACAGGCUGGUCUGCCUUAAACUCUGGUAUAAUCAGAUUGCCUAUAUUCCCAUUCAGAUUGGCACGCUGAUCAAUUUGGAGAAACUGUACCUGAACAGAAACAAGAUUGAGAAGAUUCCCAGCCAGUUGUUUUAUUGCCGUAAGCUUCGCUUUCUGGACCUGAGCCAUAACAACUUAACCAAUAUCCCACCUGACAUUGGAUCCUUGCAGAACCUUCAGUACCUUGCUGUGACUGCCAAUAGAAUUGAGAGCCUGCCCAAUGAGCUGUUCCAGUGCAAGAAACUGCGCACUUUGAACCUGGGCAACAACUGCUUGCAGUCUCUGCCGUCACGCUUCGGCGAGCUGACCGGACUGACACAACUCGAGCUGAGAGGCAACCGUCUGGAGUGUCUGCCCGUGGAGCUGGCCGAGUGCCGUCAGCUCAAGAGAACUGGUCUCGUUGUGGAGGAGGACCUUUUUACCACCCUGCCAACAGAGGUCAAAGAACAGUUGUGGAGGACGGACAAAGAGCAGAUCUGAAACGUAGCCAUGAGUUGAUAGUUACUAACCUGGGAGGCCAGUCACAGAAGCAACCGCCCCAACCCACAGAUGGUAUGGUGUCAUGAAGAGCCAAUAAGAGAGGGCAAAGAUUCACCAGUGUGGCACAGUUUUUGUUCUUUUAGUGCUUAGCUUCCCAGAUGAUUUUGGACAUAGACUCUGACUCACUAAUGAGGCGUUUUAGCAAUAAUAAGAGAAUACUUUAUUGAUCCCAAAGGGAAAUUGGAGAUUCAGUGCCAUUGUGAUGUUUGUUUACAUUUUAUGCAUCUCAAUGAUGGUGGAGAAUUUUAAGUAUGCAAAGUGAUAGGGCAACUAGACUGAGUGUUAUUGUUUUAGUUUCUAGUUUUUUUUUUUAGUUUUUUUUUUUUUUUUUUUUACAAUUCACAACAACUGAAGAGGACAUUGUUCUGUAUUCUUGGACUUGUCACGUCAGGGAGCCACUGAGAUGCCAAGGUGACCCUGCAUGGUCUUUGUUUUGUAUUAAGUCAUUGUAUCCAGCGGACUUAGUAUUGGAAUACUGAUGGGCAACGAGUUGAUUCAUUUGAAGGACAUUAUUAAGCAGGUCAAAGGUAUGUGACCAUUAAGCUCAUUAUAUCAUGUACGCUGUCAAGUUGACAAUCAUUUAAGUUUGACUCAAAAAUAAUGUGCCAGCUCCAUGUAACCUCCAUUUGCUUGUACACCCCCCCCCCCCUCCCCCCCAAUUUGAGGAAACCUUCCAGUACUGAAUUCCAGGCUUGUAAGCAUAUACUGUAAAAAUAUUUAGAAAAAAAUGUGAGUGAAAGGUUUGAUCUAAAGCAAUUAAUAUAUGAAAAAAUGUGUGAGAGUGCAUGUGCAGUUAUAGCUUGUUGCUCGGUCUGGGUGGGGAACCUGGCCCAUGAUUGUUUGAUCCAGCCCACAAUGCAAUUCUAAAAACAAACCUCAGAGGAACAGUAAUAAAAAGCUUCAACUGCUCACUUUUUGGUGCAUUAUUGUAUUAUAUUUUCCCAAAAAUGAAAUGCCCAAUAAUUUGAAGGAAUUUAAAAAAAAAAAAAAAAAAAGGUUCCCCACUCUUGUAGAAGUACAUGAGGUUUUUUGGGUUAUGGUAAUAUAAUAAAUAUCAAUGAUACAAAGUAACAUAGAACAAGCUUACUUACCAAGGUCCGUCUAUUUCAUCCGAAUGAACACAUUUUAGAGACAUUUUGUUACUGUCAUGUAUAUUUGGUUGGAGGUGUUCGUCCGAUACGCACAAUUACUUUGAAGAAAGUGGAACAAGUAGACUUUUUUCAAUUAUUAAAAAAUAAAUCUUGUGACAUUGAGAUCAUGAUAAAUCAUCUCCCAGAGAGAGAAAAUAGAUGACGUGUGUUUGUAUUAUAACAGCUCUGUGGCCACUUGCCUUAACUAUAGUUCACUCCUGUUUUUAUGUACUGUUGUUGUUUUUGGGGGGAUUUUUUGGAGUGUAAUAGGUUGUACACUUGACCCAUGGAAGCUCAUGCGCAAGACUACUUAUCCCCAAAUAAUCAUGGCUAAUACGAAAUUUGUAUUUUAUUUUAAUUGUUUUGUAAUUAGUCGGCGCUAACUGGAAGGAUUAGUUGAUGAAUGAAAGAAUCAUUGUGAUGUUGGCUAUGCUCCUUUUUACGAUUAAAUAGUAGCUUAUUACUUAUUAUCCUAACUUAUUCCUUUGCAAAGUUUAGAUAUUUCAUUGUUAUGGUAAUGAGAGUGAGUCAUGGAUGUGUGAAAUGAAAAAUCAA